AUGGUUACUGUUAUUUCCAAGAAGCGUAAGCUUGUCGCUGACGGUGUUUUCUACGCCGAAUUGAACGAAUUCUUCACCAGAGAGUUGGCUGAGGAAGGUUACUCUGGUGUCGAAGUCAGAGUUACCCCAACCACCACUGAAGUUAUCAUCAGAGCCACCAGAACUCAAGACGUUUUGGGUGAAAAUGGUAGAAGAAUCAACGAAUUGACCUUGUUGGUUCAAAAGAGAUUCAAGUACCAACCAGGUACUAUUGUCUUGUUCGCUGAGAGAGUCCAAGACCGUGGUUUGUCCGCUGUUGCUCAAGCUGAAUCCUUGAAGUUCAAAUUGUUGAACGGUUUGGCUAUCAGAAGAGCCGCUUACGGUGUUGUUAGAUACGUUAUGGAAUCCGGUGCCAAGGGUUGUGAAGUCGUUAUCUCUGGUAAGUUGAGAGCUGCUAGAGCUAAGUCCAUGAAGUUCGCUGACGGUUUCUUGAUCCACUCUGGUCAACCAGUCAACGACUUCAUCGACACUGCUACAAGACACGUCUUGUUGAGACAAGGUGUUCUAGGUAUCAAGGUUAAGAUUAUGAAGGACCCAUCUAAGAGCAGAACCGGUCCAAAGUCCUUGCCUGAUGCUGUUGAAAUCUUGGAGCCAAAGGAUGAAGAGCCAGUUUUGAAGCCAUCUGUUAAGGAUUACAGACCAAAACCUGCUCAAGCUCAACCAGAAGAGGUCCAAGUUGCUGAAGGUGCUUAA